CCCAGGACCCUGCAUUCACUAUAUUUGGUCUCACACAGAACCUGUAUUCACUACAUCUGGUCUCCCAGGACCCCGCAUUCACUACAUCUGCUCUCCCCGGACCCCGCAUUCACUACAUCUGGUCUCCCAGGACCCCGCAUUCACUACAUCUGGUCUCCCAGGACCCCGCAUUCACUACAUCUGCUCACCCAGGACCCCGCAUUCACUACAUCUGGUCUCUCCGGAGCCCGCAUUCACUACAUCUGCUCACCCAGGACCCCGCAUUCACUACAUCUGCUCACCCAGGACCCCGCAUUCACUACAUCUGCUCUCCCCGGAGCCCGCAUUCACUACAUCUGCUCUCCCCGGAGCCCGCAUUCACUACAUCUGCUCUCCCCGGAGCCCGCAUUCACUACAUCUGCUCACCCAGGACCCCGCAUUCACUACAUCUGGUCUCCCCGGAGCCCGCAUUCACUACAUCUGGUCUCCCCGGAGCCCGCAUUCACUACAUCUGGUCUCCCCGGAGCCCGCAUUCACUACAUCUGCUCUCCC